AUCUUCAAAUGUUCGACCGUCACCAAAUAACCAACGAUCAACUAGUCCAAUAAGACCUUUAUCUCCAAGUUCAGGGACAAGAAAUAAACAAACUCCUGCACUUUCAAACCAUAAGGAAAACAUGAAUAUAAUAGAUCCAAUAGUUGAUGAUGAAGAUGACAAUGUCCCUUUAG